AAUGACAUCACCACUGGAAGCCCGGAUGUAGUCUGCUAGCUGACGGACCGGCUGCAGAGGAAUCUGCAGGACGCUAGCUGGCCGCAUUGUUUCGUUUAAUUUUGGCGAUUUCAAGCGUCUGAUAUGGCGGACUCAACAGAGCAAGAGCCAUCGCUUGCAGCGCCUGUGCAAUCAGUGCUCGACGUGAAUGUAUUUGUGGAAUAUCUAAGAAAAGUCGUUCCGAUACUCCUGGAUGAUGAAGAUCCCCAACUCCGAUCAUUUCAGGCAGCACUCAAUGACAAGCAGAAUGCUGAGACGAUCAAGAAGUUUAUUAGUGACUCUCAGACUCCAUCGCUUCUCUUCCAGCGUGUUGCUGCGAAAGAGGAAAGUGAAGAGGGGUCAGAAGGUGAUGUUGAGAACAACAGGGUCUACCAUGUUUCCCCAGAAGUGCACUUCAGCAGUGCCAAAAUGAUCAGUGUUGUCUUCAUCAAACGAGGUCCUGUGAUUGAAGCAGACAAACCAGUGUCCUCACAGGUGCGAGUGAUGAACUUCAGUGAUGGCUCACCAUAUGAGACUUUGCAUGCCUACGUUAGCAACGCUGUUGCACCAUACUUCAAGUCCUACAUCAAAGAGACAGGCAAAGCAGAAAGAGAUGGAGACAAGAUGGCUCCUACAGUUGAAAAGAAGAUUGCUGAACUGGAAAUGGGGCUGCUUCAUCUGCAGCAAAACAUUGACAUUCCAGAAAUCACCUUGCCAGUGAACCCUGUUGUCUCUGCAGUGAUCAAAAAGUGCCUGGAAGAAAACCGCAAGCCAAAAGUGGAAGAUUUUGGGGACAAAGUGGAAGAUGCUCAGUUCCUCAACAAUCUCCAAAGUGGUGUCAACCGGUGGAUCCGGGAAAUACAGAAGGUAACCAAACUUGAUCGUGAUCCAUCUUCUGGAACUGCUCUGCAAGAAAUUUCAUUUUGGCUCAAUCUUGAACGAGCUCUGCUUCGUAUCCAAGAGAAACGUGAAAGCCUUGAAAUUGUCUUAACUCUGGAGAUUCUCAAACAUGGGAAGCGUUUUCAUGCAACAGUGAGCUUUGAUUCUGAUACAGGUCUGAAACAGGCCAUGGCAACUGUGAAUGACUACAACCAGCUGAUGAAGGACUUCCCUAUCAAUGACCUACUGUCAGCCACAGAGCUGGAUCGGCUUCGUUUGUCUCUACAAAGCAUCUUUUUGCAUCUCCGCAAAAUCCGCCCAACAAAGUAUCCAAUUCAGCGGGCACUACGUCUUGUGGAGGCCAUCUCUCGUGAUCUCAGUACCCAGUUGCUUAAGGUGCUGGGCACUCGUCGAUUGAUGCACAUACCAUAUGAUGAAUUUGAAAAGGUGAUGGCUUCUUGCUUCGAUGUGUUCCUCACAUGGGAUGAUGAGUAUGACAAGCUGCAGGCUAUGCUGCGCGAUCUUGUAAAGAAAAAGCGAGAGGAACAUCUCCGCAUGGUGUGGCGUGUCAACCCGGCUCACAAACGCCUACAGGCUCGUCUGGACCAUAUGCGCAAGUUUCGGCGCCAACAUGAACAGCUUCGUCAGGUGAUCAUUCGAGUGCUGCGUCCAUCUACCAAGGGUCGCACUGGUACACCUGGAGCAGAGGAACAGGAGAGCAAGAUUGAACCAGUUGUAGAUGAGGCAGCAGAUGCUAACGCCAUUGAGGAGGUGAACCUGGCAUAUGAAAAUGUCAAAGAGGUGGAUGUACUGGAUGUUUCAAAAGAAGGUGCUGAUGCUUGGGAGGCUGCCAUCAAGAGGUACGAUGAGCGCAUUGAUCGUGUGGAAACAAGAAUUACAGCUCGACUCCGUGACCAACUGGGCACUGCUCGCAAUGCCAAUGAGAUGUUCCGCAUCUUCUCACGUUUUAAUGCACUCUUUGUGCGCCCUCACAUUCGGGGUGCCAUUCGGGAAUACCAGACACAGCUUAUCCAGCGUGUGAAGGAUGACAUUGAGUCACUUCAUGAGAAAUUCAAGGUGCAGUACCCUCAGAGCAAGUCCUGUAGAAUGAGUCGAUGCCAUGACUUUCCACCUGUUUCUGGAUCCAUCAUCUGGGCUCGACAGAUUGAGCGUCAGCUGAAUGCCUACAUGCACCGAGUAGAGGAUGUGUUGGGCAAGGGCUGGGAGAACCAUGUUGAAGGGCAGAAACUGAAGAAUGAUGGGGAGAGCUUCCGCAUGAAGCUGAACACACAAGAAUUGUUUGACGAAUGGACUCGCAAGGUGCAAAACAAGCAGCUGACAGUGACAGGAAGUUUCACCAUCACUAGUGUACGUGGUACAACCAAAAAUAUUCUCAAGCUGGGUGUCAACUUCCAGACUGAGAUCAUACAACUGGCAAAGGAGGUGAGAAAUCUGCGCUGGCUUGGAUUUCGUGUUCCAUUGGCCAAUGUCAACAAAGCUCAUCAGGCCAACCAGCUGUAUCCCUUUGCUAUCUCCCUCACUGAAAGUGUGCGCACAUAUGACCAGACAUUGAAAAAGAUUGAGGGCAAAGAUUCUAUCAGACUGCUCAUUGCAGGAAUGAGGAAGGAUGUUCAGAAUCUGAUUGCUGAGGGCUGUGGACUGACUUGGGAAUCAUACAAGCUUGACCCAUAUGUCCAGAGACUGGCAGACACAGUCUUUACUUUCCAAGAAAAGGUUGAUGAUUUACUAUCCAUGGAAGAAGAAAUUGACUUGGAGAUUCGUGGACUGGAAACCUGUGCCUACAAUGCUGCAACAUUCCGGGAGAUUCUGGCCAAGAUUCAAAAGGCCAUUGACAAUUUGUCACUGCACUCUUUCUCCAAUCUGCCCCAGUGGGUGGCGCGAGUUGAUGAUGAGGUUGAAAAAAGACUGGCAAUGCGAAUUGAAGCAGGCGUGAAAGCCUGGAUUCAGUGUCUCCAUGGACAGAAGGAUGACUACAUUGACCACUCUAUGGAUACUGAUGAGCCUAAACAGCAAGCACACAAACCAGGAGGAGAACCCCACAUUAAGCCCCUUGUGCAUGAGCUGCGCAUCACCAACCAACUGAUGUAUGUGAACCCUCCUGUUGAAGAUUCUCAUUAUCAGCUGCUACAGGAGUUGUUUGCAUGGGAAGCCAUUGUUACAGGACUGCCUCGCAUUCAGCAUUCCGCUACCAGGUAGGACACUUUUCUAACUUACACUGAGUCUGACAUGGAUCGUACAUAUCGCAAGGUCCUGACAAAAAUGCCAGAAGGCAGCCAGGUGUUGGACAGUGCCUAUGCCGCUAUCCAGAAAGUAGUAGAUGACUUCAAAAAAUAUGUUAAUGUGUGGCUGCGGUACCAGGCAUUGUGGGAUCUGAAUCCAGAUGUUCUGUAUGGCCGUUUAGGCACCAAUCUCAAGCUGUGGAUGGCUACUCUUGAAGAGAUCAAGUCCUCAAGAAAGACUUUUGACACCUCAGAGACGCAGACAGAGAUUGGUCCUGUGGUUGUGCAAUUUGGAAAGGUACAGUCCAAGGUCACUUUGAAGUAUGAUUCCUGGCACAAGGAAGUUUUGAGCAAGUUUGGCAGCAUGCUGGGUAAUGAAAUGGCUGAAUUCCACUCCCAGAUUUCCAAAUCUCGGUCUGAUCUGGAGCAGCAGUCCCUGGACACAGCCAACACUUCAGAGGCUGUGGGCCUGAUUACACAUGUCCAGUCUCUCAAGCGUAAAGUCAAGAACUGGGAAAAGCAAGUGGAUAUGUACAAGGAGGGCCAAAGAAUCUUGGAGCGCCAGAGAUUCCAGUUUCCCACCAGUUGGCUGUACAUUGACAAUGUGGAGGGUGAGUGGGGCGCCUUCAAUGACAUCAUGAAGCGCAAGGACUCGUCCAUCCAGACCCAAGUGGCCAGUUUGCAGAUGAAGAUAUCUUCAGAAGACACAUUGGUCGAGAAUAAGACCUCCACCAUGCUGCAGGAGUGGGAGAAGGAGAAACCUGUUGCUGGGGAAAUGAGACCUGACAAUGCCCUGAAGUCAUUGACCAUCUUUGAAGGCAAAUUCAAUCGUCUCAAAGAGGAACGAGACAAUGUUGCUCGAGCAAAGGAAGCCUUGGAGCUGUCAGAACCAGGUCAAGUUAGCCCGAGCCAAGAGCGCAUGCAGGUGGCUCUGGAGGAGCUUGCUGAUCUCAAGGGAGUGUGGUCAGAACUGGCUCGUGUUUGGGAGCAGAUUGAUGAGCUCAAAGAGAAACCUUGGCUGUCUGUGGCUCCUAGAAAGCUGCGCCAGUCCCUGGACUCGCUGCUGAACCAGAUGAAGGAGAUGCCUGCUCGCUUAAGAACACUACUUUCCUUUGAGCAUGUUAAGAGGACUCUGCAAAAUUAUGCCAAGGUCAACGUGCUUGUAGUAGAACUCAAGUCAGAGGCCCUGAAAGAGAGGCACUGGAAACAACUGAUGAAACGGCUGAACGUCAGCUGGGUGUUGUCAGAGCUCACUCUUGGCCACAUCUGGGAUAUUGACUUACAGAGGCAUGAAAGCAUUGUCAAGGAUGUCAUCAGUGUUGCUCAGGGAGAGAUGGCUCUUGAAGAAUUUCUCAAACAGGUCAGUGAAGUAUGGCGAGGCUAUGAACUGGAUCUCAUCAACUACCAAAACAAGUGCAAGCUGAUCCGUGGCUGGGAUGACCUCUUUACCAAGGUCAAAGAGCAUAUCAACAGUGUCACAGCUAUGAAACUGUCUCCCUAUUAUAAGCAAUUUGAGGAAGAUGCUUUAGCUUGGGAGGACAAGUUGAACCGCAUCAAUGCCCUGUUUGAUGUGUGGAUUGAUGUUCAGAGACGUUGGGUCUACUUGGAAGGCAUAUUUACAGGCAGUGCUGACAUCAAACAUCUCCUGCCAGUGGAAACAUCACGCUUCCAAGGAGUAAGUACUGAGUUUCUGGGUCUGAUGAAGAAAGUGGCCAAAUCACCAUUGGUGACAGAUGUGCUUAACAUUGCCAAUGUUCAGCGCCAGUUAAAACGUUUAGCAGACCUUCUAGGGAAGAUUCAGAAGGCUCUUGGAGAGUAUCUAGAGCGGGAACGUGCAUCUUUCCCAAGGUUCUACUUUGUGGGUGAUGAGGAUCUGCUGGAGAUCAUUGGUAACAGCAAGAACAUUCCUCGCCUGCAAAAGCAUUUCAAAAAGAUGUUUGCUGGUGUGGCCUCUAUCAUCCUUAAUGAGGAUGACUCUCAGGUUGUGGGGCUAACAUCCAAGGAGGGAGAAGAGGUGAUCUUUUCUACCCCUGUCUCCAUUGCUGCUCACCCCAAGAUAAAUGAGUGGCUGACCCUUGUGGAGAAAGAGAUGAGAGUGACAUGGGCCAAACAGCUGGCAGGAGCUGUGCAAGAUGUUGCAGGCUUCAAGUCAGGACAGAUCAACCAGAGCCAGUACCUGGAGUGGGUGGACAAAUACCAGGCCCAGCUGGUGGUUCUGGCGGCUCAGAUAUCUUGGUCAGAGAGCGUGGAGCAGGCACUGCAGGUCUCAGCAGUACUGGGGACAAGUUCCAAAGUGUCUGCAGUUCUAAAGGCUGUAGAGUCCACCCUCAACGUGCUGGCUGACUCUGUGCUCUAUGCACAGCCUCCAGUCAGGCGCAAGAAACUGGAAAGUCUGAUCACAGAACUGGUACACCAGAGAGACAUCACACGGACACUAAUCCGCAACAAAGUGGACAAUCCCAAGUCCUUUGACUGGCUCUGCCAGAUGCGACUGUAUUUUGAUCCCAAACAAGCUGAUGUCCUACAGCAGCUGUCUAUCCAAAUGGCUAAUGCCAAGUUCAACUAUGGCUUUGAGUAUCUGGGCGUGCAGGACAAACUAGUUCAGACACCUCUGACUGACCGUUGCUACCUCACCAUGACACAGGCUCUGGAAGCCCGUCUAGGAGGUUCUCCAUUGACUUUGUUUACAGGCCCUGCUGGAACUGGCAAGACAGAGUCCGUGAAAGCCCUAGGCAACCAGUUGGGACGUUUUGUUCUGGUCUUCAAUUGUGAUGAAACAUUUGACUUCCAGGCAAUGGGGCGAAUUUUUGUUGGUUUGUGCCAAGUUGGAGCAUGGGGAUGUUUUGAUGAAUUUAACCGUCUGGAGGAGCGCAUGUUGUCAGCUGUGUCUCAGCAGAUCCAGACUAUUCAGGAGGCACUGAAAGAACUGGCCAACCCAGAGAAAAAGGAAAAGAGGUCGUCCUAGACAUUUCAUGUGGAGCUGAUUGGACGUCAAGUGAAAGUUAACCCAGACAUGGCCAUCUUCAUCACCAUGAACCCAGGAUAUGCAGGCCGCUCCAAUCUGCCAGACAACUUGAAAAAGCUGUUCCGCAGUCUGGCCAUGACAAAACCUGACCGCCAACUUAUUGCUCAAGUCAUGCUGUACUCCCAGGGUUUCCGACAAGCAGAAAAACUGGCCAGCAAGAUUGUACCCUUCUUUCAGCUUUGUGAUGAGCAGCUGUCUCCUCAGUCUCAUUAUGACUUUGGAUUGCGAGCCCUGAAGAGUGUGCUAGUCAGUGCAGGUAACAUCAAACGUGACCGAAUCCAGCGGGUGAAGCAGGGCCUUGAGAGGGGAGAGCCUGUUAAUGAGACAACCAUUGCUGAAAAUGUUCCAGAACAGGAGAUUCUCAUUCAGAGUGUGAUGGAGACCAUGGUACCAAAGCUAGUGGCUGAAGACAUUCCUCUUCUGCACUCUCUCUUGUCUGAUGUCUUCCCUGGUGUUGCCUAUACACCUGCUCAAAUGCUGGAGCUGCGGCGUGAGCUGCGAAAGAUGUGUUCAGAAAUGUACCUCACAUAUGGAGAGAAUGAUGAACAAGGCACGCAGUGGGUAGAGAAGGUACUUCAGCUGUACCAGAUCACAGCCCUGCACCAUGGCCUCAUGAUGGUUGGACCCAGUGGCAGUGGCAAAUCCACAGCCUGGCGAGUGCUGCUGAAGGCUUUGGAAAGAUUGGAAGGCAUCGAGGGAGUGGCUCAUGUCAUUGAUCCCAAGUCUAUCUCCAAGGAGGCCUUGUAUGGAAACCUGGAUCCCAACACACGGGAAUGGACAGAUGGUCUUUUCACUCAUAUCUUGAGAAAGAUCAUUGACAAUGUACGUGGAGAGCUGUCCAAACGUCAGUGGAUCAUCUUUGACGGUGAUGUGGACCCAGAGUGGGUGGAGAACCUUAACUCUGUGCUUGAUGACAACAAACUCCUCACCCUGCCCAAUGGUGAACGUUUAGGUAUUCCACCCAAUGUGCGCAUCAUGUUUGAAGUUCAGGACCUGAAGUAUGCAACACUGGCUACUGUCAGUCGCUGUGGGAUGGUGUGGUUCAGUGAAGAUGUGCUGUCUACAGACAUGAUCUUUGAGAACUACCUACAGACACUGCGGCAUGUACCUCUGGAAGAAAGUGAAGAGGAUGUCAAGUAUAUGUCACGAGCUGGCACUGGUGCAGGAGACGCUAAGGAAGAAGAGGUUUCACCUACUCUCCAAGUUCAGAGGGAUGCAGCCGUCUUGUUAGCCCCCUUCUUUUCCUUGGAUGGUAUCAUUAUGAAGUGCCUGGAGUUUGGCAAGGACUUGGAUCACAUCAUGGACUUUACCCGUCUCAGGGCCCUUAAUUCAUUGUUUUCCAUGCUCAACCAGGGAGUGCGCAAUGUUUUGGCAUACAACCGCAGUCAUGAUUUCCCCAUGCAGGCUGAUCACAUGGAGAGGUACCUGAGCAAGUACCUGGUCUACAGUUUACUGUGGUCCAUCACAGGUGAUAGUCGCCUUAAGGUUCGCCAGGAGCUUGGAGAUUACUUGCGUGGAAUCACUACUGUGCCACUGCCGCCCACUACCAACGCACUCAUCAUCGACUAUGAAGUAUCACCAGCAGGGGAAUGGGUCCCCUGGCAGUCCAAGGUACCGAAAGUUGAGGUUGAAACACACAAGGUGGCAGCAGCUGACCUGGUCAUUCCAACCAUUGAUACUGUGCGCCAUGAGAGCUUGUUGUACACGUGGCUGGCAGAGCACAAACCUUUGGUGCUAUGUGGUCCUCCAGGUUCUGGUAAAACCAUGACGCUCUUCAGUGCCUUGCGUGCACUACCUGACAUGGAGGUAGUAGGCUUGAACUUCUCAAGCGCAACUACACCAGAACUACUGCUCAAGACAUUUGACCAUUACUGUGAGUUCCGGCGCACCCCCAAUGGCAUUGUCCUUUCUCCCAUUCAGCUGAAUAAGUGGCUUGUGCUCUUUUGUGAUGAGAUCAACCUGCCAGACAUGGACAAGUAUGGCACACAGCGUGUCAUUUCCUUCCUGCGUCAGAUGAUGGAGCAUGGUGGCUUUUACCGUACCUCUGACCAAGCAUGGGUACAGUUUGAGAGGAUUCAGUUUGUGGGUGCAUGCAAUCCGCCGACUGACCCUGGUCGAAAGCCACUUUCUCACAGAUUUCUGCGUCAUGUACCAGUGGUGUAUGUGGACUACCCAGGUGAAAUGUCACUAAAGCAGAUUUAUGGAACAUUCAACCGUGCAAUGCUUCGCCUUGUGCCCAGUCUCAAGCCAUAUUCAGACCCACUGACUAACGCCAUGGUGGAGUUCUACAUCAUGUCGCAGGAGAGAUUUACCCAGGACAUGCAGCCCCACUAUAUCUACAGUCCCCGUGAAAUGACACGAUGGGUGAGAGGCAUAUGUGAGGCCAUCAGACCCAUGGAGACUUUAAGCCUGGAGGGACUAGUCCGCAUCUGGGCACAUGAGGCUCUACGCCUUUUCCAGGACAGGUUAAUUGAAGAUGAGGAACGUCUCUGGACUGAUCAAAAUGUAGAUGCUGUGGCAAUAAAGCACUUCCCUAACAUUGACCGUGAAGUUGCUCUUUGUCGCCCCAUCCUCUUCAGCAAGUGGCUGUCCAAAGACUAUGUUCCAGUGGACCGCGAGGUGCUCCGUGAAUACACCAAGGCUAGGCUAAAGGUAUUCUAUGAAGAAGAGCUGGAUGUUCCACUGGUGCUGUUUGAUGAAGUUUUGGACCAUGUGCUGCGCAUUGACCGUAUUUUCCGGCAGCCCCAGGGACACCUGCUACUGAUUGGUGUGAGCGGCUCAGGAAAAACUACUCUGUCCCGUUUUGUGGCCUGGAUGAAUGGAUUAAGUGUGUACCAGAUCAAGGUGCACAACAAAUACACUGCUGCUGAUUUUGAUGAAGACCUGCGAACAGUCUUGAGAAGAUCUGGUUGCAAGGAUGAAAAGAUCUGCUUCAUCAUGGAUGAGUCCAAUGUUUUGGACUCCAGCUUUCUAGAGCGUAUGAAUACACUGCUGGCUAACGGUGAGGUUCCUGGCUUGUUUGAGGGUGACGAGUACACGACCUUGAUGACUCAGUGUAAAGAGGGGGCAGCACGGGAAGGUCUGAUGUUGGACUCUGCAGAGGAACUGUACAAGUGGUUUACAGGACAGGUGAUCAAGAACCUUCACGUGGUCUUUACCAUGAAUCCAUCUUCAGAAGGUCUUAAGGACAGAGCUGCCACAUCCCCAGCCCUUUUCAACAGGUGUGUCUUGAACUGGUUUGGUGACUGGUCAAAAGGGGCUCUGUAUCAGGUGGGCAAAGAGUUUACUAGCAAGAUGGACCUGGAAAAAGGGGGUUAUUCAGCACCUUCCAACUUCCCUGUCGCCUAUGAAGGCCUGUCACCAAACCCAAGUCACCGGGAAGCUGUGGUGAAUGCAUUUGUUUAUGUUCAUCAAUCUCUGCACCAAGCCAACAGCCGCAUCAGCCGUCGUGGUGGGCGCACUACAGCUGUUACUCCACGCCAUUAUCUCGAUUUCAUCAACCACUAUGUGAAGCUGUAUCAGGAAAAGCGAUCAGACCUGGAGGAGCAGCAGCUUCAUUUAAAUGUGGGUCUGCAAAAAAUUCGUGAGACUGUACAGCAGGUGGAGGAACUUCAAAAGUCACUCUCCAUAAAGCGCAUUGAACUGGAAGAGAAAAACAAUGCUGCCAACCUCAAACUAAAACAGAUGGUGAAAGACCAGCAGGAGGCAGAACGCAAGAAGGUGACUUCCCAGGAGAUCCAGCAGGCACUCAUUGAACAAACCAAAGUCAUCAAUGAGAAGCAAUCCAGUGUCAUGGCAGAUUUGGCCCAGGUGGAGCCUGCAGUCAUUGAGGCUCAGAAUGCUGUGAAGUCUAUAAAGAAGAAGGACCUAGUGGAGAUACGAUCCAUGGGCAACCCCCCACCAGUGGUGAAGCUGGCCUUGGAGGCCAUCUGUCUUCUGCUUGGGGAGAAUGCCUCCGACUGGAAAGUUAUCCGGGCGGUCAUCAUGAAAGACUCCUUCAUUUCCAGCAUUGUCUCCUAUAAGACUGACGACAUCACGGAUGACAUUCGAAGCAAGAUGAAGAGCAAAUAUCUGAAUAAUCCUGAUUACAACUAUGAGAAAGUCAAUCGUGCCAGCUUGGCAUGUGGCCCUAUGGUCAAGUGGGCCAUAGCACAGAUUAACUAUGCGGACAUGCUGAAGCGCGUGGAGCCUCUGCGCAAUGAACUGCAGGAGCUGGAGACUCAAGCAGAAGAGAACCGCUUGAAGGGGGAGGAGGUCAACAAGCUCAUCCAGGGGCUGGAGCAGUCCAUCGCCAAGUACAAAGAAGAAUAUGCUGUCCUCAUCUCACAGGCACAGGCCAUCAAGGCAGACCUGUCAGCCGUUGAGGCCAAGGUGGAGCGCAGUGUGGCCCUGCUGAACAGCCUGGCAAAUGAGAAACAGCGUUGGGAGGCUGGCAGCGAGACUUUCAAGCACCAGAUGGCCACGAUCAUUGGCGAUGUUCUUCUGUCCUCAGCAUUCAUGGCAUAUGCUGGCUACUUCGACCAACAGAUGAGGCAAAACCUGUUUACCAACUGGUGCAAUCAUCUGCAAAAUGCCAUGAUCCAGUAUCGUCAGGACUUGGCUCGCACAGAGUACCUGUCCAACCCUGAUGAGCGGCUCAGCUGGCAGGCUAAUGCCCUUCCUACCGAUGAUCUGUGUACUGAGAAUGCAAUCAUGCUCAGGCGCUACAACCGCUAUCCUCUUAUUGUUGACCCCUCAGGCCAGGCCACAGAAUUCAUCAUGAAUGAAUAUCGUGAGCGCAAGAUCACCAAGACAAGCUUUUUGGAUGAUGCAUUUCGCAAGAACCUGGAGAGUGCUUUGCGUUUUGGCAACCCAUUGCUUGUUCAGGAUGUAGAGAGCUAUGACCCCAUCUUGAACCCAGUACUAAACCGAGAGUUGCGCCGCACAGGAGGUCGUGUGCUAAUCACCCUUGGAGACCAAGACAUUGAUUUGUCUCCAUCCUUUACCAUCUUCUUGGCCACCAGAGACCCCAAUAGGGAUUUCCCACCUGACCUAUGCUCUCGAGUGACAUUUGUCAACUUUACUGUCACGCGCAGCAGUCUGCAGAGCCAGUGCCUCAAUCAGGUGUUGAAAACAGAGCGACCUGAUGUAGAUGAAAAACGCUCAGAUCUUCUGAAACUGCAGGGUGAGUUCCAAUUGCGACUGCGCCACCUGGAGAAGUCAUUAUUGCAGUCCCUCAAUGAUGCUAAAGGCAACAUUUUGGAUGAUGACAGCAUCUUGACUCACUUAGAGACACUGAAGCAUGAAGCAGCUGAGGUGGCGAAGAAGGUUGAGGAAACAGAUGAGGUCAUGGCUGAGGUAGAGACAACCUCUCAGCAGUACGUACCACUGGCUCAGAGCUGCAGCAGCAUCUACUUUACUCUAGAAGCUAUGCAGCAGGUGCACUUCCUGUACCAGUAUUCCCUGCAAUUCUUUUUGGAAAUCUUCCAUGCAGCCCUGAACAGUGAGGGUCUGGUGGGCCUCAAAGACUAUGCUGCUCGUCUCUCCAUCAUAACAUCCAGUCUCUUUAGGGAGACGUAUGCACGUGUUGGACGUGGCAUGCUGUACCAGGAUCGCAUCACUUUUGCCAUUCAGCUGUGCCGUAUCCACCUAGAAGGUUCAGUCAGUGAAGGAACUUACGAUAAUGAGUUUAACCACUUCCUGCGGAGUCAGGAGGGAAUGCUGAUGGACAAGGCUGGUCCAGUAGCUUCUGGUCUGACCCAGCAACAGCAAGCAGCAGCAGCACGUCUCAGCAAAUUGCCUGCAUUCCGAAAUAUCCUUCAGGAGAUUAAGAACAAAGUGGAUUUCCAGUCAUGGGUGGAUUGUGCCAAGCCUGAAGCUGACAUUCCACAACUCUGGACUGAAGACAAGGCAUUGAGUCCUGUUGGCAAAGCAGUAAAUGGACUACUGGUUAUUCAAGCCUUCAGGCCUGACCGACUCAUUGCCAUGGCACGAAUAUUUGUUGAGAAGGCCUUGGGCACAGAGUUUGUGCAGAUCACAGAGAGGGAGCUGGAUCUUGGCAACAUCGUGGAGACUGAGAUGAAGGGUAACAUUCCAGUGCUGAUGUGCUCAGUGCCAGGAUUUGAUGCCAGCGCUCGUGUGGAUGAUCUGGCUGCUGAACUUGGCAAGCAGAUGACCUCCAUUGCUAUAGGAUCUGCUGAGGGAUUCUCACAGGCAGAGAAGGCCAUUAACUCUUCUAGCAAGUCCGGUCGCUGGGUGCUUCUUAAGAAUGUACAUCUUGCUCCGCAGUGGCUGGUGCAGCUGGAAAAGAAGCUGCACAACCUGGCUCCACAUCCAGGCUUCAGGCUUUUCCUUACCAUGGAAAUAAACCCCAAGUUGCCAACUAACCUACUGCGGGCAGGGCGUGUGUUUGUGUUUGAGCCUCCACCUGGUGUCUCCGCCAAUUUGAUGCGUACUUUCAGCACCGUACCUGCUUCUAGGAUGUGCAAGGCACCUAAUGAACGAGCACGUCUCUACUUCCUACUUGCCUGGUUCCAUGCCAUCCUUCAAGAACGCAUGCGCUACACCCCACUGGGGUGGGCCAAAAAGUAUGAGUUCACAGAAUCAGACCUUAAAGUUGCCUGUGACACACUUGACGUCUGGAUUGACUCUGUUGCCAUGGGCCGUACAAACUUGCCACCAGAGAAAGUCCCAUGGGAGGCCUUACGCACUCUUCUGUCCCAGUGCAUUUAUGGAGGGAAAAUUGACAAUGACUUUGACCAGCGCCUUCUGAACACCUUUGUCAACAAAUUGUUCACACCUGAAAGUUUUGAUAGCAACUUUGUCCUGGUGCGUAAUGUGGAUGAGAUACCAGGCAGGCAUAUUGGAAUGCCUGAUGGUGUCAGACGAGAGCAGUUUGUGCAGUUUGUGGACAACAUGGAAGGCCCACAGACUCCAUCAUGGCUGGGUUUGCCCAACAAUGCUGAGAAAGUGCUGCUUACAACCUAUGGCAGUGACAUGAUUGCUAAGUUAAUGCGCAUGCAACUGCUAGAAGAAGCUGAUAUUGACUUUGGGGGAAAGACCUCGCCAGAUGAGGCAGAGCGCCGACUGGCAGAUGGGCGGCCAGCAUGGAUGAGAACCCUACACACCUCUGUCACCACUUGGCUGAAACUUGUGCCCCAGGCCCUGGGAACAAUGAAGCGAACAGUGGAGAACAUCAAAGACCCGCUGUUUCGCUACUUUGAGCGUGAGGUUAACACAGGAGCUCGCCUCUUGUCAGAUGUGCGCAGAGACUUGAACGACGUCAUGCAAGUUUGUCAGGCCGAGAAGAAGCCUACCAACCAUCAUCGCUCAAUGAUGGCAGAUUUGGUCAAGGGAAUCAUCCCCGAGUCCUGGCGUCGCUACACAGUACCAGGGGGUCUGACAGUCAUCCAGUGGAUCACAGACUUCAGUCUCCGUGUCAAGCAGCUCCAGGCCAUUGUACAGGCUUCUCAGGCAGCCAGCUCUCGGGAACUUAAGAACCUCAAUGUAUGGCUUGGUGGUCUUUUCAUCCCUGAGGCCUACAUUACAGCCACUCGCCAGUUUGUGGCGCAGGCCAAUAGUUGGUCUCUGGAGGAGCUGUACCUUGAUGUGAGAGUGCUAGAUAAGCCAGAGGUCCUUGAUGACUGCAGCUUUGGGAUUACAGGCUUGAAGUUAAAGGGAGCUGUGUGCAAAGAUAAUAGACUACAGCUGUCUACUACCAUCUCCACAGACCUCAAGCUGACAGUUCUGCGCUGGAUCAAGCUGGAUGGCAACAAAGACCUGGCUGCCAGUCGUGUAACCUUGCCUGUUUAUCUCAAUGCUACAAGAGGACAGCUGCUCUUUACACUCGACUUCGAGUCAGCCGAGAAAAUGGAAAGCAAAGAUCACCGUUUCUAUGAACGUGGUGUGGCUAUCAUUUGUUCAGAUCUUAGCUAAAUGAUGAGGCAGGAAGUUCAUCAACAUCUUUACAAUCACUCUUGUGUAAUACAAGUCAAGAGACAUUGUUGUGAUUUGCACAAUAGGUGACCUUUGUAAUUUCAACUAGUAGUCUGCUGUAAAACUCUUAUAAAAAAUAAAAUGAGAACCAGUCAGUGGUGAACUUGCAUAGUUUAUAAAGUGAUAUCUUUUCAUAAAAAUCUUUAUCCUGGAUCCAUUUAAUAACUGAACUUGUAAAGCUCUUUUCUUCAUGUGGAUAUGAGCUCAGUGUACUGCACACGAAAGACUACAAGCAUCCUAAUGGUCAACCAUACAAGAAACAUUGAUUAUGCAAUGUGUAGUUCAAAUUAAAAUUGUAGAUUAGGCAACAAUGUAUUUUGAACUUGGGAAGGAAAACAAGAUACAGAGAACAAGCAUGAAAAAUACUUAAGGACAACCCAAUAUGAAACCAUGGUUUUUUUCUGGAAUGGCACUGUGAAUUGGGGAUUGACGGAUGUCUGACAUUAUUUUGCAACCAUUGUAUCCUAAAUGUGAAGGUUUCUUGAUGUUUGAUAUUUUUUUAGUUGUUGUUGUUGUUGUUUGUUUUUUUUAGACCAUACUGCUUCAUGCAAAUGAUUUCUUUUUCUUAAGCAGCUUUUUCUUCUGACAGUUGAACUAAAAGAUUUCUGCAGUAAUGUAGUUUGUGAUCUUAAGGGAUUUUUAAAAAUUAUUUUAUAUGUCAAUGUUUUCAUCAUUGGCUACUUAACAUAUUAAAUGACUUCAUGGUCCUUGUCAUACAUUUGUGCAUUAAAACUGCUUAGUAAACACU